CUGCCAUUGCUGCCAAGGAAAAGGAGGUGGCAAGAAAGAAACACCAGGUCAGGACUUUAAGGGGUCGAACUGAGGUGAGUGGUUUAUGCAUGUCUGUGCUAUUCAUGCGCAAAAAAGAGAACCUGAAAUCUUUGGCAGUAAACUGACCUUAUGCCCUUUAUCAUCUUGUAUAAUAAUGAAUCCUGCAGCGCAUGCGUUUUGAACACGAGCUGAAAGCCCAGGAAUUGAUCAAGAAGGGCGCUGAAAACAAAGCGGCGAAUGAUGCCGAGCUCGCAUCUCUUCAGCAGCAACUCGUCGCCGCUGUUGAGAAACAUAACGAUGUGAUCGUUCUCCGUGAGAAGCUAGAAGAGACCAAGGCCUUGCAUGCUACGACUAUUGAAGAGCUCAACAGGAUUCAUGAUGAUAAGUUGCAGAGUUUGGAAUCGGAACUGCAAAUGGCGAAGCAGCAACGGCUCAGAGGCUCGAAUUUGAGUGGCCAUGUCCAAGAUUUGGAGGAGAUCAUGGAGACUCACGAACAGGAACUGACGAGGUUGCUGAAAGAGCACCAGCAAGAGAUUGAUGCAGUCAAUGCUGAUUUCGACAAUCAAAAGAAGCAGGAGGUGGAAGAAUACGAGACGGAAGUGAAAGAGCGUCUCGAUUCAGAGUUAGAGCAAAUCAAGGCCUCCCAAGCGUCUCUUCUCAACGACCGCCUCGGUACCGAAUCCAACAUGUCUGAAGUCUUGCAGGAAAGGCAUGACCGAGCCUGGGAGGAUCUGAAGGUCAAGACCGCGAAGGAGCAUGCGCAUUACCUGAGCGCGGUCCAGAAUAAGCACCAGAGUGAACUCUCACGAUUGGAGGUUAAGCAUGCUGCAAGCACCACCGAACUCGAGAAGAAGGUCGCCAAGCUUCAGCAGAAGUACGAUACCGACAUGAUGUCCAUCCGUUCUAAAGCGGACACGAGUGUUGAGGAGCUCAAGAACAAACAUGAGAACGAAAUCAAGGCGUGUGCUGAAAAGCACGCAGCAGAGCUGGUUGCAAUGGAGUUAUCCACCAAGGACAAUAUGCAGUCAGAAUUAGAUGCGGUUCAAAAGAACUUUGCUUCGUUCGUUGCAGAUAUCCAGGGUACUCAGGAUAACGCCAUGAGGAGUCUGGAGAAUGGAUACGAGACCCGGAUCGCAGAGCUGAUUGUCGGGCAUGAGAACCGAGUCCGUGAACUGGAGAACGAGGCCAAUGAGCAGGUUCAGCAGGAGCUUGAGAGGGUCGAAAUGGAGUUUGAGAUUGAUCGCGAGCGUCUUGCAGAGGAGCAGGCAAAGAAGAUUGCGGAGCUGAAGGCGGCACAUGAGGUUACCUUGGAACAGUUGGAGGAUCAGCUCACCAAGGCAGAGGACCGUGCCAAGGAGUUGAUUGCGACGAUUAAGCGGACGAGACAGACGCAUGAGAUGGAGAUGAGUGAAGUCAAAGCUGACCUGGAGGCACAGCUGAGUGCUGUUGAGAUCUCGAUCGAAGCACUGGUUAUUUCUAAACAGCAGGACGAUAAGGGUAGAGCAGAGACAUUGGAGGCUGGACAUGCUACGGUCAUCAGCGCCAAGAAAUCGGUGCAUGAGAUGAACUUGAACGAGGCACUCACCAUGAAAGAAACGGCGUGGAGAACCAAGACCGAGCCUUUGCUUAGGGAAAUCGAGAUUAUGCGUGAGCGACUUCAAGAUACCCAAUCGGAGCGCGAUAAGGCCCAGUCCGCCAUGAAGGCCAUGGAAAUCCGCCUAAAAGAGGAGUAUGGAGCGGCCUUGGAAGGAUUGAACAGGGACCACAGUUCACGGGUAGAGCAGCGUCAACAAGCAGCACACGCGCGCGCGGAUAGGCUGAUGAAGCCGCACUCAGACAAUGCAGACGUACACGAAAGCAAGCUGGCGGAUCUGUUGACCUCGCAUCACCAGAAACUGCAGACCAUGAACGACCAGCACCAGGCGGUGUUGAAAGUCCAGGAACAGACGAACCAGGGUCGUGUCAAGGCUCUACAGCAAUCUAUUGAGGCGUUGAGCAUCAAGGCUGGUGGGUCUGAAACAAUGGUGUCCUUGCAGAAACUCGCGGAACUCAAGAAACAAAACGAGCUUUUAAAGGGCGAGAAUCAACAGCUGGAGAGCAUGGUGAAGCAGCUGCAGGGCUCGAUGACCACAAUCGCGUAACGACAUAACCAGACCAAAUAUACCAGGCGAGCCAAGUGCGCGGCCAUAGUUAAUAGAUACAUCUCGGUAAAUAAUUAUAUGAAG